AUGCAGACAUGGCACUGUUACCGACUACGAAGCCGCGACGAUGCUGUUGCCGAUGACGGUGACGGGCCACGAAUUCAUCUAUAUCCCUCCAACCUGUGGCUGCCGUGGCACUUUGACGUCGGCGUAUUGGCAACCUACCAGUCUGGCGGUUCAGACAAUAAUGACAUGCUCGGCCAUCGUCUUCGGUCGACCGCCUCCACGGCCACCAUCCGACCACGUUACGCUGUAAUACCGGCUGUCGAUGAUAGCAGCAACGGACCCGGACCCGUUCCGCUCCCUGUCCAGGCCAAGGAUGCCAUCGCUUCCAGGAAGCGCAGGAGACGCGCCCCGGCCGGCGGUGCCUCCGACGACUGCUUCACCUGCAUCAGGCGCAACGUCAAGUGUGACCGCCGUCGCCCUUACUGCUCACAGUGCCUCGAGGUCAGCAACGAGUGCUCCGGAUACAAGACGCAGCUCACCUGGGGCGUCGGCGUCGCCUCCCGCGGCAAGCUCCGUGGACUGUCCCUCCCCGUCGCCAAGUCACCCCCGGCCGUCCGCGAGUCCGGCAAGAGGCCGUCCCCCCGUGCUCGUGCGAAAUCCGACAGCUCCACCCUCUCCAGCCCGUCCAACCUCAGCGCUCAGGUGCAGAGCCGGAGGGCGGACCGGAAGUCUGCCGCCGAGCCCCAGAUCCAGGUCCAGAUCCCGAUCCCGUCGACCCAGCCGCAUGUUCGGUCGCAUAUCCAGCACAGCCACCAGGCGCACGCUCAGCAUGCUGACCACAGCCACCUAUACGGCCACGCUCACACCAGCACCCACCAGUCGCUGCACUGGCCAGACGGCGACGACUUGUCCAGCGUUCCCUCAACCGCCGCUUCCAGGAGCCCCAUCGACAUCCCCGUCUCCUCCGACGCGUCUGCCGCCUCGGCCCCGGUCACGCCCUACGGCGCCGCCGUGCCCUCGUACGACUACCUGUCCAUGACCCACCACAACGGAGGCGGCAGCUGGAGCAGCGUCGCCUACUCGCCCGACCACGAUGCCCGCUUCUCCGACAAGUUUCCGCUCUCCCUCAUAACCGACGGGCUGUCCUCCGUCAGCUCCGUCAGCAGCGAACUGGACUACAUCUCCCCGAUGAGCCACUCCUAUCCCCGCGAAGACGUCUCCUUCGUCAACAGCACCAGCCCGGGACUCAUGUACGACAGCUACAGCGCCCACCACGACUCCCCGGUUCCCCAGACCCCUCCCUCUGCCAUCGUCCCCAUGGACCACCACCACCACCACCACCACCACCGGACCCGCCCCGCCCCUCCCACUUCGUGCCCUAGCCUGGCCUACCCGCCGUCGGCCCCGUCCGCCUCCGGCCACCAUCACCAUGCCGCGGCCGACCUGUCGGCUCAUCACCUCGGUAUCUUCGAAUCGCAGAUGGGCCACCAGAAGAUGAUGAUGCGCGACUGCAGCACCGCCCUCGGUGAGCACCAUCUGCUGCCCAGCCUCGCCUACACCUUCUAA